AUGUCGCUGUGGCAGCGGCUGCCUGCCUCCCAGACCACGGAGAUUGCUGCCGCAAUCCGUCCGCUGAUCCUGAAAUUUCACAAAACCCGUUGCACACUUCAAACCACCAGACUCAUUUCUCACAAGACGGAGACGUGCCACAUCCCGUGUGGUUCUAAUGAGACAAAUCAUCGUACUUCGACAUCCUUGGAAGAGUUUCAGAACUUCGAAGACUGCCCCGCCUCACGUCCAACGCUGCAGCUUCAGAGGCGAGGCAAAGCAGACGCUACCCGCCGAUUGCUACCUUCUUGGAUCUUUGCGCACGAGAUACAGAAUUUCGGCGAGCUGCAGCGGCUGCAGCAGCAAGUGACUCUUGAAGCAACAGACUCGCGUGUAUCUCCACAAGAUGGCAAACUCUUCCCUCUAGCUGUGAAUGUAGUGGACAGCGAAAGUAACUGUUUCUUGGGCUGCGCUAUAUUCCAUUCUCGGCCCCUGAUUGCCGCGCGGGUGCUCGAGGGCGUCUCUGCUUCUACGUCGUUAAAUGCAGAGUACUUGGGACACCGACUGCGCGAGGCAGCUGACAGGAGACGAAGCUUGCCGCCAGAUGUGCUGCAACCCGCAGCAGCAGCUGCAGCAGCAGCUGCAGCAGAUCGCGAGCCUCAGAGCUGCCCUUCACACUCCCAGACCGCCUCCGUUCCCCGAGGGUUUUACCGCCUGAUCAACGGAGAGAGAAGCGAGCUGCUGACCGCUCCGCUUGUCGCAGCCAUUCAGGAAACACUGGGGCCCUCUGCCGUGGUGCUGCGGAACGACAGUCUGCUGCGAGAGCUCGAGAGAGAUGCCUCCUUGAAGUCAUACACCGCUCUCAUCAGCGGGGAACUGCGCGACUGGCAGUGGAUUAAAGAGGGAGGUUGCUGCUUCCCUGUCGAUCUCCUUAACAGCCCCGACACGGGCUGGUACUACGAUCGGCGGGGAGUGCGGGCGGCUGUAGCGGGUUUGGCCGUCGGAGGGCGGCUGCUGGAUCUUCAUUGCCACUCGGCAGCGUUCAGCAUUAGGGCACUGCGGAGCGGGGCAGCGCGCUCCUCUGUUUGUGUGGAUAUCUCGAGCAGCUCUCUUGAGCUGGCAGCAGAAGCAGCAGCAGCGAACGGCGUGCAGCAGCAGCUGCUUCUGCAAAAGGCUGACGCGCUGCAGUGGCUGCUGCACAGAACUCGCCAUCUGGCACUACAGCCGUCUUGCACAGCUCCUCAAGGCUCUCUCCCUUCCGUAAAUAGAGAAGCUGCUUCCAUUGAGGCAGCACUUGGUGGCAAGAAGCGAACAGGUGAAGUGCCUGUAGAGGCGCAGUUCGACAUCAUCGUUAUAGAUCCACCCCCUCCACAGAGACAAGGACUGGUGCCUGCCUUUUCUGACGAGCUGCUGCAGCUUGCCGCUGCUGCUGCGAGGCUCCUCAGCAGCGGAGGGCGUCUUGUGGUCGUUGAAAGCAGCAGGUUCCUCAGCCUGCAGCAGCUGCUGCAGAUUCUUACAGAUGCAGUAAACGCCGCAGGCAGGACAGCAACCCUUGAGAUGCACGGGGGCCCCACGCUGGACUGCCCUCAGGAUCUGCUUUCGCAAGGUGUCUUGGGGAUGAACUGGGUUGUGCUGCAGCUCACAUAG